AUGGCAAUUGGGUUGGUUAGGAUACGGUUAGCCAGAUUUGGUAGGACAAACAGCCCUGUUUACAACAUUGUGGUGGCCAAUGCACAGAAGGCUAGGGAUGCUAAACCCAUUGAAGUACUGGGUACUUAUAAUCCAAUUCCUAGACCCCGUACAGUGAAGCAGAAGAAGCAGGGUGUGCUGGCCACAAAGGAUGUGCAGUUAGAUUUCGAUAGAGCAAAGUAUUGGAUUGGUGUUGGGGCACAACCGAGUGAAAUGGUGACAAAACUGUUGAAAAAAUGCGGUAUCUUGGAUGAAUCCUGGGGGAAGACCUUUGCUACGUCUAGGAAAGUAGUGACUCCCAGGCAGGAAGUUAUAGAAUGA